CCUCUUCAAUACCUUGUUACAAACCAACGCUACAACACUGUUGUACUGUCAUCCAGCAAAAAAUCCAAAGCUCAUAAACGCAAAUACAUGGGUAUUCAUGCUCAUAAAAUGGCUGGCAGCAACGGUGUAAUUUUGAGCAGCGAAACUAACGUGAAUGACUAUUCCUCAACUGGAAGCGAUUCAUCGAGCAAGAUUAGCACCCAAACUUCAAAAAAAAGCGGCACAUACACUAUCCCCAAGAUUAUCGACAGUCCUCCACUGCGUGACGCAUUUUGUCAAUAUCUGGCGCGCGAGUUCUCCUUGGAGAAUUUGCUGUUUCUUGAAACUGUUCGAUUAUACAAAGAAAAGGUGCGACAAGUUCCAACAAUAGCCAACGUCAAGCAGAUCUCAGAUAAAAUCAUGACCGAGUUUAUUGCUCCCAAUUCUGUAAAUGAGGUCAAUCUUCCCAAAAAAGAUGUCAAUAAGCUUACUGCUGCCCUGCAUACUGCAUUGGGCAAUGCGUUGAAUGUAGAGCUGGCACUGACCGUGUUUGAUGAUGCGGCUAGGCAUAUUGAGGAGAUGCUUGCCUUGAAUCAUUUAAGGAAGUUUCAAGCCAGCCCUCUAUUUGAAAAUAUUGUAUCAGUAUAAUAAAGCCGGUGUAGACC